CGGGCCUGUGCCGUCCAACCAACACGCCGCAGCCUCCUUGGCCAACAUUAUACAUACUGGGAGUGUUUACUGGAAUGCACUUCUUUAAGAUAAAGAUACUGUAUGUAUAUUGACAAUUUCUGAACGUGGAAUAAAUGUUAUGUAUUCUUCACAUGUCUUUGAAUUUUGACAAAGAACGGCAGUUGUUCUCGCGAAAGCCUUUUAUAAUUUGACGCUUCCUGGUCAUACAACAGCAGUAAUAGCUUGACGGGCUGCUAGUGGGGGAAUCGCUAAAAUAGAAGGCUUUCCCCGCUGAUCCAGGUCUGAUAUGGCGGAGAGCGGGUCGUCGGUUGAAUUCUCCGGCUCUCUGACGAGCUCGACUCUUCCGCCGCCGAGGACCCGCAUCUUCAAAAUCAUCGUGAUCGGGGACUCGGGUGUCGGGAAAACCUGCCUCACCUACCGCUUCUGUGCCGGGAAGUUCCCCGAGAAGACCGAGGCCACGAUCGGGGUUGACUUCAGGGAGAGGCUGGUCGAGAUUGACGGCGAGAAAAUCAAGAUCCAGCUGUGGGACACUGCAGGUCAGGAGCGCUUCAGGAAGUCCAUGGUGCAGCACUACUACCGCAACGUGCACGCUGUUGUCUUUGUCUACGACGUCACCAACGCUGCCAGCUUCCGCAGCCUCCCAGCCUGGAUUGAGGAGUGCAAGCAGCACGCUCUGGGCACUGAGGUUCCCAGGAUUCUAGUUGGAAACAAGUGCGACCUCCAAGACUCCAUCCAAGUGGGCACAGAUGUGGCGCAACAGUUUGCGGACACCCACUCCAUGCCCCUGUUUGAGACGUCAGCAAAGAUCCCAAGCAACCAGGGAGAUGGAAACUAUGGCGGGCGAAACAGUGACCAUGUUGAGGCUAUUUUUAUGACAGUGGCCCACAAGCUGAAGUCACAGAAGCCUCUGGUAUUGAGCCAGCCUCCCGGGGGAUCAGGGGGUACCAUCAACCUGAGCAGGGUGAAGGAUGACGGGGGAGAUGGGGCCAAGAGCUGGGGCUGCAGCAGCUGCUGAGGGAGAAAAAUUAAGGUAAAGAGGGAAACUACUUCAGCCUGAGUCUGCACAAGACUGAAGAGAUUUGAAGACGCAAGGAGCUGAGGAAAGAGAGAAUGGAUCUAGCAAAAUGGCUUCAUAAUCAGCACAACACAUUGAUGGAUGUCUCCAUAAGACAAUGCUUAACUUUAUAAAUUACUUUAAAUGGUUUCGGUGUAAUAUUUACAGUAUGAUUGUUGUUUUGAAAUGCCAAAAUCUUUCGUUGAUUCGUGGAAAUGAUCCUGAACAAGGGGCCAAAAAUCUGAUUUGAAAUCAGUUCUCCUCCUUCAAUAAUAAUUUAGGCCCGAGCCUGUGCCAUGAAGUUUCUAUUCACCUAUCUUCAUGGGUUCUGUGGCAACAGAAAACAUGGAGACUGAAGAGUGGCAUUAGAAAUAAGGGAUUUUGGGGAGGGAAAUCUCAUAGAAAUUUCUUUCUUUACAAAACAGCUUUACUAAGACCUGAUGGGAGAGCAGAAUUUAAUUUCUUCAUGCAGACUUAUAGGGGGCAGACAAAAUAAAAGAACUCAUUAUAAUAUAAUACAAUCUGUGCCAUUUCAUUUGUGUUUGUGUUGACUGUCAGGGAGAUUUUAUUCUGGUCAUUUUUUAGGCCGUAAUUUGCGGCAAUAUAUUACUGACUGCAAUAUAUUGAAAGGUGUUUGUGUUAUUUUUUCUGCCCCCUUGUAGUUCAGUUUUGGAUUCUCACUUCAUCUGUGAUACUCUACAGGUGUUUGGAGUCGAUUUGGUUUUAAUUUAACCGUUUCAUUAAAGGUGCCCUUCAGAGUUUUCUUGUAAACAAACAGAUAUGUUUACAUUCAGUGUUUCUCACCAAAACACAUUGUGUAUUUUUGAAGCCUAACAAACAUGUUGAAUGCAUUUCCAUCUUCAAAAAACAUUUGCACAGGCAAUAUUUUGAAAACUGCGUUGUUAAUAUUUAUGUUUGCUAGCUAGCAGUCUUCCCUGCCUUUGCUAAUACACUACUAAAUUCAUCACGUGUUAUCACGAACAACUGUUGAUCAGUGGAAUAGCGUUGACAAGAAGGUGUAUUACAUCAUCAGCCUGCACAUGCUAACAGAAUAUUUAUAUGUAAACAAAACAGGGACUCGCUCAUAACAAAAAACAUUGCUCCAUAGUGGCUACUACUAGUGGUCAAACUCCACAGGGUACCUUCAAGUCUGGUUGCUUGAAAACCUUGAUUUUUAAAAAAAAAUAAAUGUACAUUGCAUCAUGAGGGAAGUCAUUUCAUAUAAAUUUUAUGUUUGUAGCAGAUGCAUAGCAAGAUCACUGAAAUCUUGCAGUUGAUUUUAAAAAAAGGUGUUAGUGGUAAAAAUCUUCGCGUUCAUACUACAUAAAAAAAAUGUGGGAAGUAAUCACGUCCACAUUUUUCAUACUUAUUUACCUAUAAUCAUAAGGGAAUGCUCAAUUACUCUGUUUUUAUUUACUGUAAUUGUAAGUGCAGUUGGAAGCUUCUUACUGCUUAUCAGAGGUCUAGGCUUUGGACUGGUUAAGGCUUGUCCAUGCAACUUUGGGCUAGUAGAAGGGCUGAUGUGGAAAGGUCAGACAUUGUAAGCUGUGUAAAUUAUGGAUAGUCAGAGCAUGGUCUGAUUGGGAGCCUCAAGUCAAAAAUAGCUGCUGGAUCCCUUUUAAUCCCUCUUUCCAGUCCCACUCUCUGUGAAUUGUAUUAUUAUGCUAGUAUAUAACCUGUGGUCUCAAUACUAGAUUUUGGAGCAGGACCCAUCUUAAAGCACGUAUGUCAGUGGACAUGGUCCUUCAUAUUUCCAAACAAACAGAACAGAAUAUCCAUUUGCCAAAAAGGGGCAUUUGGGGACUCUGGGAUAGUUGCCCGUUUUGCGUGGUUGGUAAUCCAGGCUUGAGUCAGAGUGAUUCAACUGAAAAGGGGGGUUGUUACAAAUUUGAGAGUAGUCUUGUAAACAGCUGGAGGCUAGCUGGAGAAGAAAGAAAAGUUUGAUUGAUAAAGAAAAAGUCACUUAUAACAACAGCAGCAACAGAUAGGUGAGAGAGAAAAUGAAGGCCAGAGGCUCUGGCAGUGUGAGCACUCAUCCUCUUUUAAACCCUUUUGAUGAGUAGAAAACGCUAGUCUUUGGCCGCUACGAGCAUUUUCUCAAGAGUAGUUCAUGUCCCUUUAAGACUGUGAGUUUUACAUAACAUGUAACAUAACAUAUCCGGAACCAGUAUCAGAAGACAAAAAGUAGAAUCAGUGCAUACCCAGUCUACGCAGCCUAUCAGUAACACACAUAGAUUCAACAUUUCAACCAUGAAAUUUAAGACGCCAUGGAACGUUAUCGUUAAGGCCUGCUACUUAAAUUGGUUUCUCAACAUAAAGCACCGGAAAAUCUUAAAGCCCAUAUAAUCGAUAUUCUUAUAAUAGCAAUGUAUCAAUGUGAAAACAGUGUGACAAUAUUAAAGGAGUCUCGUAGUGAUUAACCUACAGAGAAUUAUCAGUGGCAGCCCCCUUUGAACUUUACGGACCAUAAAUGUAAGUUUCAGCUCAUUGUUUAGCUGUCCGGUCGGCAUGUUUACUGUUCUGGUUCACUUUUACCGCUCGUGUCGUUUUCGGCCACAGCAGGCAACAGUUUUUAGGGAGAAAGGUCUAAAGACCCAUUCCACACUACCCGUUCAGCACCAAACAGCAGUCAGACACAGUUAGUGACUAGCUGGUGAACAGAGUGCAGCGUUUAGCAACUGAAGAGCCAGACAUUUCCCUUAGGAGUUAAGAGACCGAAAACAGAGCUAAACAUUCGCCAAAUUUAUGACAUUGUUACUGCAUAACUGCUGGAUGUGUAAAUAAGCAACAGUUUGCUAACAACUUUGCCUCUGUCGGACUAUAAACUGCCCCACAAAAGAGCAAUGGUUUGCAGGCAGUUAUGAGACAGGAAUCCAUGGUACAAAUGCGUCUUCUGAAUAAACUGUGUGCUUGCUAACUGAAUGUUAGCUGACGUUUAGCAAGCUGUAUUUUCCUUCUUCAAUAACUCUUUAUUAAAUGAAAUGGUGUACAAUGGUUAAUAAAAUGUGAGGGGGGAGUAAACAACCCAGUACAGAGAAAAUAGAAAGACGCCUUUAAAGCUGUGACUGACUAGCGCUAACACUAGCUACAGUAGUUAACUAGUAGUCAAUGUUUUGUUUACAGCUUGUUUCCACUGUCUCCAUGUGCUCCCCCCCCCCAAAAAGGCAUCACAGGUUUUAAUGGAGACCUAUUUCUGAGGGACAGUAACCAUGUUUCGCUUGGUUUGUUAGCAUGCAGCACCAGCGCUAACACUCAGCAUACUGGCAGCAUGUGAUAUUGUCACUUAACAGUUGAGGUUAAUCCUUUAAAUCUGUCAAACAGGCCUGCUAUACAGUAUGAACCUGUUGUUUAUUCUUGAACUCUGAGAUAAGGGGAUGUAACCAGGAAUUGUCUAUGAACUUGAUGAUAAAGGAUGCAAAGGGAACCACUAAGGGAUUUGGAAACGGAAUUGUCUUUGUUAGUUGUAUUUGCCCAUUCCCUCUUGUUUACCAAUCUGGCUAUUUUGCAGCCUUUCAUAUACAGAAGAGUAUAGUACUGUGUAGGCUAGCCAGUGAAUCAAACAGUGAAAACACAUGCCUCCCAUAGUGUGUAAGGCUUUGUAAUGUGCACUUCUACGUACAUGGAUGCCUAUACCCACUGCAUAUCAUGUACUGUAUGUGAACUUGUAAUACAAUAUUCAGCAUGUCUCGCAAACACCAGUGUUCACCAUAGGGUGGUGUCCAUAUCAUGUUUGCAACUUUGUGUCUUUGGAUGUUUGUUAUGGCCACAGCUGGUCCUGUGGUUCCUAUGCUGAUCACCCCCGUUACAUUGCACGUCUUCUUGAAGGAUAUGGACUAUCAAUCAAACCAAACUGACUUCUCUCCGGACUCACUGUUCAGAGGCUAUGCACACAGAUGAAAAAAAAAAAAAUAGCUGUGCUAGCUGCAUCUCUGUGGCUUGUCAGCAAUGUGACAGCAAUGGAAGACAUCAUGUGGAUGUUUCAUUGUUUCAGAUUUGGUUGCUGCUUUCUUCUGUUCUUUAAGUGACCUUUGUUUUUGAUAAAUGCCCCCCAUCCGCCUU